UCCAUUCCAAAAGUCCAGCUGUGCAACUGCCGUGGCGAGCACCUCUCUAGCAUUGACUUGUUCCAGGAGAAGCAUCACAAGUAUUUCCAUGACACAGUGUCCGAAAUUACUGUGGCAGGUACUCCAUUCGCAAAACAUGUUUAAGGUUUAAGAGUUUAAACGUCUUUAUACGGUUCAUUGCAUAUGUGCGUGCGUGCGUGCGUGUGUGUGUGAGAGAGAGAGAGAUAGAGAGGGCGUGCACGCGUGCGUGUGUGUGAGAGGGCGAGACAGAGACAGGGAGAACGACGGUGAGAAAAAUAGUUGUAUUUAGUGUUUUGCAUGGGUGAAAUACUAAGUGGCGUCCAUGAAGACAGCACGUAAGAACUAGUCGCGAAUUCUGAAAGACUGUGUUAGAAUGGCAGGGGUUUUAUUACGCCUAUGCGUAAUUAUCAAUAGCUUCUGAUUUCUGUAAGCUCUGCUGUAAAUAUACAAAAUCUAGGCAUUUUUUAUUUUAUCUUCUGUUCUACUAGCAUUACCAUUUUCACAUGGUCCGUUGACAUCGUUUGCUGCUUCCCAUACAGAUGAGAUCUGAGGACUCACGCACUCCUUGACGUCGUUGGCUGGCUGCGGCUCCGCGCUCCAGCUCAGCACGUAUUGCGCAACGUGACUGAUCAUCCCUCAACCAAUCCAUCCCCUAAAACUGUGUGGAGGAAAGGGAAAAAGACACACACAUCCACAGAUUCACCUCCUACUCUCCUUUCUCUUCGAGGUACUAAGGGGGAGCUUACACGAAACCAGGUGCACGGUCUGUUUCUGUUAGUGGACCCGUCCUUAUCCGCCGGAGAUGACUCGUCUGGGCACCCAGGAUGCAGCUGUGGCGUGUCUGUGAGCACAUCGCAUCCUCUCGCAUCUGAAUCGUGGAACUCCCUCGUUUUUCUUGACUCUCGGGUCGCUCUGAAUAUUUUGGGGAAAAGAGGGCAAAGUCAACCUGCGAUGUAUGACGAUUCAACGGAUGUCCAGACGGACUACGGCUUGCAGGAUGUGUUUUGUCUCAGUAUAGCAAUGGGAGCUUCUAGAAUUGGAGAAGAGGGUUGCCAGUGGAUAUUGCAAGUCAAGUCUGCAAUCAAGCGUAUUUGUAUAAUUAUUCACUAGGGAGCUUCUUCUGUUACUUUUAACGCGUCAGAACCGAAGAGGUCCUCAUUUUUUGGACUCGGAUUUAUAGGUCCAUGCACUGCCCACUCAAUUUCUAAUCGGUUUUUUAGUCGUAGAAUAUUCCUUUCCUCCAUCACUGUGAAUCCAUUGCUUGUGUGUACACCUGCUUUUCCAGACCAAUUCUUCAAACCCCGUUUAAAGAACAGUUCAAAUUCCUCUAACCGAAAUGAAAAAUACAGCUGGUAAUUUGUCAAUUUAAAUUUGAAAUCGAUGUUUUUUAUUUUAAACUCUGAAUUCAGGACCUUGAUUUAUCAUCGAGGGCACGGUGUGAUUUUAGCCGUGAUUCGAGUUCUGUCGUGCAGUGUCUUGCAUCAGGAAGAACCCGUCACCGUCGAGCUGGAUAGGUUGACAUCCACGGAAAGAUGGAUUUAGUUUUCGGUCUCUUGUGGCUGCUCACUGUGUUUCUGGAAGGCGUUUAUUGCCAAGGAGUAUAUGCUUCCCCUACUGUCCGAAUUGUGCACUCUGGCCACGCAUGCAACAUCGAGGAGGAGCGGUACACGGAGAGGGUGUACACCAUCCGAGAAGGGGAGACUUUGGAGCUAACCUGCCUGGUCACUGGCCACCCUCGACCGCAGAUCCGGUGGACCAAGACGGCAGGGAGCGCCUCGGACCGAUUCCAGGACUCCAGCGUCUUCAACGAGACCCUGCGCAUAACCAACAUCCAGCGUCACCAGGGGGGGCGCUAUUACUGCAAGGCGGAGAACGGCCUGGGCUCGCCGGCCAUCAAAUCCAUCCGCGUGGACGUAUACUACCUAGACGAUCCUAUUGUGACAGUGCACCAGAGCAUAGGAGAGGCUAAGGAGCAGUUCUACUACGAGAGGACAGUCUUCCUGCGCUGUGUGGCCAACUCCAACCCCCCAGUCCGCUACAGCUGGCGGCGUGGGCGUGAGGUCCUCUCCCAGGGCUCCGACAAGGGCGUGGAGAUUUAUGAGCCUUUCUUCACACAGGGGGAGACCAAGAUCUUAAAACUGAAGAACCUUCGACCUCAGGACUACGCCAACUACAGCUGCAUUGCCUCAGUCCGGAAUGUUUGCGGCAUCCCAGACAAGAACAUCCUCUUUAGGCUCACCAACAAAACAGCAUCGCCUACCAUCAAGCUCCUGGGGGAUGACCCUGUCGUGGUAAACCCAGGCCAGACGGUGACUCUGGUGUGCAUUGCGUCCGACCGGGAGCCAACACCCACCCUCACGUGGGUGCGGAACACGGAAACGCUACCGGAGAAGAGCGUCCUGAACGGAGGCACCCUCACCCUGCCCGCGGUCACCUCAGAGGAUGCGGGGGUCUACAGCUGUGUGGCCAAUAACAAUGUGGGAAACCCCGCCAAAAAGUCUACCACUGUGGUGGUCAGAGCACUAAAGAAGGGCAGAUUCUGGAUCACCCCAGACCCCUACCACAAUGACGACAACAUCCAAAUUGGACGGGAGGUGAAGAUCUCCUGCCAGGUAGAGGCCACGCCCCCUGAGGAGCUGAUGUUCAGUUGGCUGAAGAACGGGCGAGCGCUUCGCAGCUCUGAGCGCAUGGUCAUCACGCAGACCGACCCCGAUGUCUCCCCGGGCACCACCAACUUGGACAUCAUUGAUCUCAAGUUCACCGACUUCGGCACCUACACCUGCAUGGCCUCGCUCAAGGGUGGGGGAAUCCCAGAGAUCAGCAUUGAUGUCAACAUCUCCUCCACUACUGUCCCCCCCCUGUUUUUCUCUUCCUUAGUUCCCCCGAACCUGACAGUUCCACGUGGGAAGUCACCCCUGGUGACCCAGGAGGGCGAUACGGUGGAGCUUCAGUGCCUUGUUUCAGGGAAGCCCAAGCCCAUCAUCCUGUGGUCUCGGGCCGACAAAGAGGCCCCUAUGCCGGAUGGGAACAUGCAGACGGAGAGCUAUGACGGCAUCCUGCGCAUCGUCAACGUCUCCAGGGAGAUGACCGGAUCCUACCGCUGCCAGACCAGUCAGUACAACGGCUUCAACGUCAAGCCCCGGGAGGCCAUUGUGGAGCUCAUAGUGCAGUAUCCACCCACAGUGGAGCCAGUGUUUACGGAAAUUCGACAGGGCCUAGCCCGCACCUUUCCCAUGAGCUGCAGGGUGCUGCGAGCCCACCCGUCUCGCGUUCUCAAGUAUGAGUGGCGGCUGGGCUCAAGGCUGCUAAACGCGGGGCAGUUUGACUCACAAGAUGAGACGGAGUACAGCGUGAGGAGCCUGAGCCGGGAGGGCUAUGGGGAGUACAGCUGUGACAUCAUCAACGAGGCCGGAGCAGGUCGCUGCAGCUUCCUUGUUACAGGAAAGGCCUACCCUCCGGAGUUCUACUAUGACACGUACAGCCCGCUGUGGCAAAACCGGCCCCGCGUCUACGCCUUCAAGCUGCAGUGGACCCAGAUGAACCCCAACGCGGUGGACCGCAUCAUGGCAUAUCGCCUGGGGAUCCGGCAGACAGGGCAACAAAGAUGGUGGGAGCAGGAGAUCCCGAUUGAGGGCAUGAUCCAGAAGGGAGAGCUCAUCACAUAUAAUCUGACUGAGCUUAUCAAGCCAGAAGCGUAUGAGGUUCGCCUCACCCCCAUCACCCGUUUCGGAGAGGGGGACUCUACCAUUAGGAUCGUCAAGUACAGCGAGAUACUGAUGGGUGCCCACGUUAGAUCUGGAGGCACUUCUCCAAUCAACCCACACCUCAGAGAGUUUCACUGCAGCUUCGAGGAAGAGCCCAUCUGCAUGUUCACCCAAGAAAAGAUCGACGACUUUGACUGGACCCGCCACAGCGCCGCCACCCGAGACACCAAGUACACCCCCAACACCGGGCCCAGCAGCGACCGCAGCGGGUCCAAACAGGGUUUCUACAUGUACAUCGAGACCUCGAGACCGCGAAUGGAGGGAGACAAAGCCCGUCUGUUGAGCCCUACCUUUAACAUCGCCCCCAAAAACCCGUACGGGACCACCAACUCUGCCUACUGCUUCAGCUUCUACUAUCACAUGUACGGGAAACACAUAGGCACACUGAAUGCCUAUUUGCGAUUGAAGGCUCAGACCAUGACCGAGAGCCCUAUAUGGACACUGAUUGGAAAUCAAGGUGACCGCUGGAAGCAAGCCAAAGUGAACAUUCACCCGACAGCAGCUUUUCAGAUGGUAUUGGAAGGUGUCCGUGGCCCUGGGAUUGAAGGGGACAUUGCCAUAGAUGAUGUGACUAUUGAGGAGGGAGAGUGUGGAGAUCCUCCACCUAAUCUGAAGUCCUCAGCCCCUUCCAAUACACCCCCUAUAUGGCAUUUAUGUGUGACCCUGCUCCUGGCUCUUUUCGUCAAUCGGAGGUGACCUUGCAGUGGCAGAGGCUAUAAACAUAUUGACCUGGCUCUUGCACCAAGAAGGAGUCUGUGUACCUGGACCUUCAAUAUAUAAUUACCAAAGAUUCAUCCAGUCAAAAUACGGAGAGAAAGAGCAGCACACCUGGGGCUCAAUUGGGAGCAGAAAAAAGAAAUACAGAAACAAAUAAAAACAAUGGGAAAAAACAAUACAAAACAGAAUAAAGAUAAUGAAGAUUCUAUUAUUUUUAAAUAAAUAUAUGCAUAGAAUGCUCCCAAGGGCAGGAUGGAAUAUUGUUUAUUUGCUCUUUAUUGACAGCCUUGUUUCGGGUGCAAAUCAGGCAACCCUGUGACAGAGACAGGCUUGGGGAACGGAAAGGGAGAAUCUUUGUAAAGCACAAGGACAUUGCUGAGGUUUGUUCCAUAAAGUCGGUCUGUAUUCUGUGGAUUUGUUUUUCAAUUUAGAACAUUUUUUUUGGCCAAGGAUUUAUGUCUGUGCGAAAGGAAGUGAAGUAGAAAAAAAAUACAAUAGCUUACCUGGCUGACUGAUUGAAGAAGGUUUAUAAAGCCCCUCAACCUUCAUGAAGGCAUGAUUAACCCAGGCAAGCACUUUUGCCUUUGGCUGUUAGUUCUCCACCAGUAACCCUCAUAAUCUCCAAGCUUAUCAAGCGUUUUUUUUUCCUUCCUUUACUUGCAACAGAUAACAAUAUCUUGCUUUCCUGUGAAAAAAAACAGUAACCUGAGUUUUCUGUUCAGUAUGCCCCCUUAAAAGUGGGAGUAAAAAUCCUCAUAUCUAUGUUUCAGCCCUGCAUGACUUUCUGAUUGUUGUUCCAGUACACUGUGCCCACAUAUCAUUGUGGCAGCCUGGGAGAGAGUUGCUUGUGAGGUAUGAAAAGGCGGUUACGCUCUUCUACGUCCCAUUUCAGCAGCUUGUCAACCCAAGGAAUGGGAGCCACUUUCUGCCAUGAAACCAAGUGCCUUCAGAUUUAAAAUAAAACUACAUCCCUGAAGUUCGAACAAAAACAAGUUCAAUGAUGUUUCCGGUGCCAAUGCUGGGCUAUUUUCUACACAAUCCUGGCCCACAGGCAUGGUUUAUAGGCAAGUAAUAAUACUGGAAUUAAUGAAAAAUGUUGCAUCAAGUACUAGAUGAUGCUUGUGGAUGACCCGGCUUCUGAAGUGAGCAAAACAAAGCCCAACUAUGGCCAUCUUGGUUCUGAUAUAGGCAGUUACCUCCCUCAGCAGCCAUGGCCUUUUAGCAUGCAACAGACACCAUCCCCACCUUCAAACAGAAUGGAGUGAAAAGGAGACUGAUGGCAGAACAUUCACGCAGUUACCAAACAGGAGAACUAGGAACACUGGCAUUGGACCUGUGGUAUACUGGGAUGAAAAGCAAGCAGGAGGGUAAUCCUGGCUCAUCAACAGCCCCAGCGAUUCAAGAGUAAGCCCCUAUUCCAAACCAAGAGGUCCCUAGGCAUGCAAAGACAUUCCUCUGACAUACAGGGACUACAGUGCUAAGAGAGCCUCAGCAUCACAAUCUUCAUGGACAGGGUUACGCUGAAAACUGGCAACCCACUGGAUGAAAUAUAGGUUUCCUGCCUCUGCCCUGUGUUUCCAGCUGUGUGGAUUCUGAUAAAAAAAACAAAUAUUUUAUUAUUCUACCGAGUGUAGCUCUGCUUUUACACAAACUGUAAAGAAUGACUUUGGAACUACCUGAGAUCAUUGGAUACCUUAACCAGCUGGUUUUUGAAAAUGUAUUGUAAAAUCUCCCUUACAUUGUUGGUUAUGAUGAUAUCUAAAGACUCCUUUCAUUUUUCUCCUUUCUCCAUCCUUUUUUUUUGCCUAAAAGAUCUGACCUUUUAACAUCAUGUAACAGACAUCCCUUUUCUUGUUUUUGGUUUCUUUCUGGAAUAUCGCCCUUUCCUUUCUUUGUUCCCUCACAUUACAAAAAUAUCAAAAAGAGCAGAAGAUGAUAUGCAAAUAAAUUAGGUAAAUAAAAUAUUUAAAUGGAAAGCUCCAUUAGAUAACAUUUGUGAGUAUUCAUACAAAAAGCACAAGAUGUAAUAAUAAAGAUACAAAACCAAGGCUUCUUUUUUUCUUUUCUUUUUUGCUUUAAUCUGUAGAUUUUACACCCAAUUUUUUAAAAACUACAUCCUUGCAACUUAUGACAUAAACCAGAAAAAAAGAUUUUACAUCUGUGUUCAAUAAAGCUCUUUUUUCGGGUAAGAUGUGAUUUAUUGCAUGUGUGUUUGCUGUUAUAAAAAAGCUAAAGUCUAAAAAUAAGACAAUAAUUAGCCGUUUUAUUUUACCAGCUCCCCAGAGGCACAUAUUUCUGUGUUUGACUGUUUGGUUUAUCUCUGAUUUGUGCAGCCAUUAACAACUCCCCAGUGAACACUUGUCUGAAGUUCAAAGGAGUCGGGAAAAAAAGGACAAAUUCAUUUUAUGUGUCUUGCAAAUUAAUCUCUUUGCACACUCAGUUUUUGAAGCUUUUAAUGUACUUUCACACAAAGGGAUCAGUGACACCCCUUUUCUUUCCACCUGUCUGUUUUUCCAUUUUCCACGUCUGCCACCAGCAAACCCACUGUGUACAGCAGCAGUAUGUUUUUACUCAUGGGCACUGUCUCUACAAGAAAUUACAUUGCUUUUGACGGGCUUAGGAUAAUUCUUAUUUUUGACCUAAGGUGAACACUCUAUAUAAUGCUUUGCAUAAAAUACAUUUGCUUUUGUGGAGGAGGGUUUACCCCCUUUUUUCUCAUUGAGGAUGAAAGUAUACCUUUUCUCCAUCUAAAAUAACCAGACAUUUCUAUCUAUAAUUAUUAUUAUUAUUAUAUUAUUCCUUUUCCUUUUAUAUUUAUUUCCAUAAUGAUUAUAUAGUAUAGCUUACAUAACAUCAUUAUAUAUAAAUACACCUAAGAUGCUUAUUUUCCAUCAUGUAUGCUUGGUAGGUUAUCCAAUGAGAAUCUGUGAGCUUUCUGUCUCUUUUUAUUGUUCAUCAUUGUAAUAGUUUUGUCUCACAUUGCCCCACCAUUGUAUCCGUUGAGUGCAUUUUUACUGCCUAAUUUAUUUCUUGAAGUAAUAUCUCGAAGUAACAUAAAUUGAUAAUCCUGUUUUCCACCAGGAGUGUCAACAGAAGAACUCCAAGCCAAUAAUAUCAUGAGACAUUGUAUUCUUGUGAACUGCUGGUGGACAUUUUUCAUUUUACACUGGUAUUUGGCUACAGUACUAUGGUCUUCUGCCCUGAACCGUCUGUUUUCUCCAGGGAACUCAGGAAAAAACAAUCUAUCACCUUCUCUGAUUACAUAUAUCUAACAUGGGCCUGUGAGGGAUCCGUGUGUUUCUUUUUCUGACUGUAAUAAUAAUACAUUUUCCCCAUAGUUCAGCAGAUUUCCCAACAGUGCAUCUUCAGCUAGAGGUUUAUGUGGAUGAAAGGCAGCCUGCUGUCCAGGCAUUUCAUAAUUUAUUGCUGUUAUACCUUGUUGUCUUGAGUUGUGAUAACGGUAUUGACAUGCCGUCAUUGGGGUGGACAUUUUGUUUUGUUCGCGGUUUUAUGUCUAUUUUUUAGUAACCUGCACCAUAAUGAACAGAUUAAAAUAUACACUGUGUUAACUGCCCAUCAAAUUAAAAUGCUGUGUGGAAGUCCUUUCAAUUUUUUAAAAAUAAAUAAUUAUCUUUCUUAAA